AUGGUUCAAUCAAGUGACCGCAUGGCUGGUGACCUUUGCUAUGCCGCAACUCAGACUUCUACCCUUAUGGUCGCUACCGACAACCAGGUUUGUCUUGCCGGUGCGAAUAAGAGGCAAUUGAAAGUAUUACAGGGUGCCUUGACAGGCAUGAGGGAGGAAGUCCAUGAUUCGGAGGCGGAGCGCCAAGAUCCAUCAGAGCGACUUGAAGACCAAGUGAGUUCUCUUAUUCGGAAGAAAGGUACACUGGCGAGUGAGUUCGCUAGGUACCAACGUCAACUGGCCCAUGCUCGUGUUGAUGGCAUGGUUGCUCGAGAAUUCGCCAAUGGGGUCCGGGGUGUUCGUGAGGCAUGUGAGGCCCUUGGGUUUGAAAAGGAAAAGCAACUAAGUGGUUGCUCCACACGUGCCAGAGAACCUGAAGUCCUAGAUCCUAGCCCUGUUGCAAGAAGGGUUGAAGAGGUGUAUGUCACUUUGUCGUCCAUUGCCGAGACGGAUUUUGUGGGCCUCUUUCGCUUGGGGAGCUGGAUUAUGACGGCUUCCGCCAGUUUUGCUGUAGGCUGA